AAAAACACUAGCGCCUUGGCGAGACUUCUAUGGUCAACACCAUUCAGCAAGAGGUCAUGCCCUUAGACUCGAUCUCACUUCAACAGUUUCCAUGAGAGUGGAUCGUUUAUCCGACACUUACUGCUGUCACUGUAGGGGAGGAAGUAUCUAUCUUUUGGGCUAUGAUAUGCCUUAUCUUGGCUUUCAGUUCUCAACAAAAGAGCCGUCUCUGUAACCAUUCCUGACGCAGUACCGACCGUCCGCCUCACAUAACCCCUUUUACGACCAAAACCUACCUACUUCGAGCUUCACCACACAACCGUCUCAACCUCAACUCUACUCCGACUCGCCACACAUUUUCUUGUAACAAUGGCUCACCUACCUCCAAACGCAGCCAUCUUCUCACCCUCAGUCGCCCGCGCCGCCGCCUCGGCCGCCAAAGACUGGUCCUACGUGGACACAUGGCUGCAGCGCAAAUUCCCCGGCCGGGGUCCUCCGCCAUUCGAGCGCAACCCGGACACACUGCGCGUUCUGCUCGCCCUCGCCUCAGCCAACGAAGCAGCCGACGAGGAACAGGCCCUCAUAGCCCGCCUUGAAGCCCAAACCCUCGAACAACUCCGAGCCCACGAGCGGUCACAACAAGAUGACAACACUCAGAAUCCCACCGAAAACCCUCCAACCAUCACUCUGCAGUCCGCCCGGGAAGCGAUCCUCACCUCCCUGGAAACCUCCCUCACUCGUGACGGCCAAACCGCCCUCACAGCCAUGGCCACACUCGCCCUGCAAACCGGCACCCCGCUCCCAACCCCAUCCGCCCUUGGCAGCGAACUCCUCUCCCUCUCCACCCAAGCCGCCGCCAUCGAGCAAGCCACGGCCCGCAUCGACACCCUCACGGCCUACCUGACCCGCGAAGCCGAAGCCACGGCCCAACUCGCCCACGAACUCCGGGUCCCUUCCCCGUCGGAUGACCACCACCAUCCUUCCCUAGAAAAAGAAACCGAGGAUAUCGACGACGCAGCAGCCGUUCACAGCAGUAACAACGAACCCAAAAGAACAGGCUAUCAUCCCCCACCCAACCUCUCCCUCCAAAACCUCUCCACCCAACGCCGCAUCAAGCACCUCCAAUCCACCUGCCUGCCCGAGCUACGCGAUAAGGUCGCCGCCCUGGCAGCCAAAUCAUCAUCAGUCCACCCCUCCGCCUCUUCUUUCUCUUCCUCACCCAGCAGCAGCAGCAGCAGCAGCCCCAGCAUAGGCCAAGUCCGACAGGAGGAGGAAGCCUACCUCUCCCUGCUAGCCGAGAAAAAGUCCCUCGACGCGGCGGUCCGGGCCUUCGCGGGCCUGCCGCCCGACACAGAGCAGGCGCGCAAGCAACUCGAAACUCUGCGCGCCGAGCUGAGGCGGAUGGUGGUGCGGCGGGACGAGGUGUUUGAGGGGCUUGUGGAGAGGGAGUCGCCCAAGAAGAGGGGGAGUAGUAAUAGUAGAAGUAGUAAGCAAAGGAGCUGAUCCUCAAACAAAAAAGAAAUGUGCUGGUGGUGGUGGAUGGUGGUUGGUAAAAACCAGACCAAGCCAAGCUCUAUCCUUCGUCACUUCGGGCAGCGAUGGUUCACAAACCAUACUCAUCUUAACACAAACCGCAAACAAAACACCCCCCCAUAUUCUUCUGAUUGAUUCAGCUACCGGUAGUACUCCUCGUAGUACUCGUUGUGCUCGCCACAGAAGAUCCAGACCCAGAACCACCACCACCACCACCGCCGCCAUGCGCUCCUCCCGUCCUGACGAUCCCCCUCCCGCGACUAAUCAUGCUAUCGGCCCGUUCCGUCUCGCUGCCCGAGGGAGUAUCGUUGCACUCCAAGUCCAAUAGUACGCCGCCGAUGCGCAUCCGAUGCCGGCCGUGAUCCU